AUGGCAUAUGUAUUCGAAAAUGAAAUAGGCGAUCUUCCCUUUGAUGCAGAGCUCAACUCGAGAUUUGUUUCUAUUCGAAAUGAUAGUGGCGACGUCAUUUAUAGAAACGGUGCAAUGCCUGAUAAACUAAUUGAGGGAUUACAUCCAACGCUCAAGACUUACGAUGACAUGUUUCGUAGGGCGGUUGCGCUCAAUGAAAAUAAGCCAUGCCUCAGCUACAGACCAUACGAUUAUAUCAAGUGUAAGUCAAAAAGUGCUUUUGAGUCUUUCACUUACUCCGACGUGAAUAGGAGAAGACUCGCAAUCGGCUCAGGAAUAUUGGCAAGUUUACAAAAAGUGUGUCCUGAUAUGGUGGAGAGGCACAUGAAGGAGUUCGAACUGUACGAUUACCACCGCUAUUCACCUAUCGUAUCCAUAUAUUCUGCCAAUAGGUAUGAAUGGUUGUUAACUGAUCUUGCUUGUCAUGCUUAUUCUUUGGCCAACACCGCUUGUUAUGAUAAUUUGGGGGACGACGUUACAUCGCACAUUUUAAAGAUUACAGAUUCUCCAAUUGUCUUUUGCUCAGGUGACAAAGUCGUUAAGUUGGGUAAAAUGAAGAUGUCGUCUAAGAUUCCGUUGAGAGUGGUUGUAUCAUUUGAUCCAGUUUCUUUUAAUAUUAGAGGAAUGCUUAAAUUGAUGGGCAUAGAUCUAUACGAGUUCGGGGAACUUGAAGAGUUGGGAAGAAUUGCUGCCUUCAUGCCUUUAGCUCCUCACCCUGAAACUCUAUUUACAAUUUCAUUUACAUCUGGAACAACAGGGGCAAUGCCAAAGGGCGUAAUGCUCAAUCACAAAGCUGCGGUGUGUGCGAUGUGCUAUUUGAUGACUGGUCAGCCAUUUCUUGAAUCUGGCAAAGCAUUUGCCUUUUUGCCGUUGACUCAUCUCUAUGAAAGAGAAACAAGCGCGUAUGCAUUGUGUCGUGGUUAUAACAUUGGCUUACCCGACAUUUCUUACAAUCGAGAGGAUUAUAACGCCUUUGAAAAGUUGUUGGAAGAUCUUAAGCUUUUCAGGCCACAUUAUAUUUCCCUUGUUCCACGACUUUUAACCAGAAUAGAGAGCUUCGUGAAAGACUAUGUGAGCCAACAUCGAGAGAAACUGGCUAUUGAAAAUAUUAUUAAAAGAAAGACUCUUCAACAGAGCAUGGCCGAUUUUUGCAAAGGCGAUGAAUAUGACAAUGAGGCUUGGAGAUCGUUGCGUUCUUUAAUUGGUUUCGACGAUCUCUUGUGGAUUCAAGUGGCAUCUGCACCAACCAAUAAGUACACCCUCCAGUACUUAAAGGCAUCUCUUAACAUAGGUAUUUCUCAGAUGUACGGUCUUACCGAAACUUUUGGGGCAAUGACCCAAAGCUUACUUUACGAAGCCGAACCGGGUUCUUGUGGAAUCUGCGGACCCUCCGUCGAAUACAAAUUGCGUGAUAGACCCGAGAUGGGGUACAAUAUCCACGAGAAUAAGGGAGAGUUACUUGUUCGUGGACCUCAAGUCUUCCAGUUCUAUUUUAAAAACCCUGAGGCGACAUCUAAGGACAUCGAUAAAGAAGGCUGGUUUUCUACAGGAGAUGUUGUAGAGAUUAGAGGUGGGAGACUCUAUGUUAUCGACCGGGUGAAAAACAUUUUCAAACUCGCUCACGGCGAGUAUAUAUCACCGGAAAGAAUUGAGAAUUUCUACCUAUCAAGGAACACAUUUGUUACCCAAGUGUUUGUCUACGGGCAUCCCUCGAGAGAAUACACAAUCGCAAUUGUGGGGAUCAACGGAGACUUUGGACGGAAGGUCAUUGGUCGAGAAAGUGUAAGUGACACUGAGAUGAUCAGAGAAAUAAAUAGAGGGACCCGUAAAUCCAAGCUUUUGCAAUUGAUGAACAGAAAUGUCAUGGAUUGCACGAAUGGGAUUGAGAGGGCAAAAAAUGUGUUCUUCGAUAUAAACCCACUCACAGUGGAACGAAACGUGGUCACACCAACAAUGAAGCUCAAGAGGGCAUUGGCGGCAAAGUUUUUUGCCGACGUGAUUUCGAACCUCUAUGAUGAGGGACCUUUGGAUCUAGGUAGCAAAUUGUAG